AUGGUCCACUGGAUUUCUCAAGCAAAGAAGGAGUUACAUACUUUGCAAGUAAAAAUCGAUUUCGAAUACCACCACAAGUGUCAAACAUCAAAACUCACUCACCUCUGUUUUGCUGAUGACCUCCUGAUCUUCACAGAUGGCUCUCUCAGCUCAGUGCAGAAUAUUCUUCAGAUUUUGGAAGAGUUUGAGCGCCUCUCGGGUCUAGCAGUCAGUCUUCAAAAAACGUCAUUCUUCUCCUCUGGCCUUUCAGAGUCUGAGAUUCAAGUUAUCAGCUCAACAACAGGACUCACUCACGGCUCUCUGCCAAUUCGUUACCUUGGAAUUCCUCUUUCUUCAAAGAAACUGUCUCUUCUCAAUUGUGCACCUCUAUUGCAACACAUAAAAGGAAAAAUCAACUCCUGGAGCGCGCGCUCUUUUUCAUUUGCAGGAAGACUCUUGAUGUUGAAAACAGUAAUUGCGGGGAUCACAAAUUUCUGGUGCUCCACCUUUGUAAUCCCAAAGGCCUGUGUCAAAAAAAUCAACUCCCUCUGCAGUGCUUAUCUAUGGCAAGGCACUACAGAAGGACACCAUUCAGCUCGUGUUGCUUGGGAAACAAUAACACUAUCAAAGGAGGAAGGAGGUCUAGGAUGCAGAGACUUAGUUACCUGGAAUAAGGCGUGUACAUUGAAACUGGUGUGGCUUCUGUUUUGCAACUCUGGUUCGAUCUGGGUGGCUUGGUACGUUAAUGAAGUUUUGCAGGGUUCAUUGAGCAAUUACUGGACCUGCAAAGUAAAACAAAAACAUUCUUGGUUAGCUAACAAGCUAAUCAAAAUCAGAGAUACGGCUUACAACUGGAUCAAGCGUCGAGUUGGCAAUGGAAAAAACACAAGAUUCUGGACAGACAAUUGGUCUCCGUUUGGCGAUCUCCGAAAUUUCUUACAGUCGGAAACUACUAGGAGGAUGAGAAUUGGCACUCUCACCACACUCAAUGACUUAUACAGCAACGGUCACUGGAAUUUGGCCCCUGCACGUUCCGAAAACCAGGUGAUUCUUCAAUCCCACCUAACUACUCUAUCUCUAUCAGAUACAGAGGACUAUUACGAAUGGAUCUGUGAUGAUGUCGUCUGGACCAAGUACCUUACUGGAAAAAUGUAUGAUUCGUUGAAGGCUCAUGCUCCGAUUGUCCCUUGGAAGACGUCGGUGUGGAACUCCGGUGGUAUCCCAAAGCAUAGCUUCCUCACUUGGCUCUUCGUUCUCAACAGAUCUCCAACUAAAGAUCGUCUGCUCAAUUGGGGUUUACUGGUUGAUCCCAUGUGUCUCCUCUGCAAUCGCUGCGCUGAGAACAAAAAUCAUCUAUUUUUCGAUUGCAGCUUCAGUUGGUCAAUUUGGGGACAUCUCGGGUCACGCUGUGGAAUAAUCCCUUCAAAAUCUUGGGAUUCAACUCUCUUACACUUGCAGCAGCUUCAGGGAAGAAGAUCAAAGCGUAAACUGACACUUCUGGUUUGGCAAUGUGCCAUCUACUUCAUUUGGACUGAACGAAACGCUCGACUCCACCGCAAUGCCUUCAGAUCAGCAUCCUCAAUUAUCUCCUCCAUUGAUUCUCUAAUUCGUAACCGCUGCUCUAGCCUCCGUGAUGUGAACUCAAAUCAAGCUUCCGAGAUGAUUCAGUUGUGGUUCUCCACCUCAUCAGUCUGA